AUGGCACAUCAAAGGCUCAAAACUAGCAUCGCUAUCCUUGGGUGUGGUGACGUCGGGUCGACUCUAGCCUACACGCUAAUCCUCAACCCAAUAUGUAGCGAGGUGAUUCUCGUGGACCCCAAGACAGCACUCCUUGAGGCACAGGUGAGAGAUCUCAGCGAUGCCACGUAUCGUGGCAAUACUGGGACGAGGGUCCGAGCCGGCACCCACCGAGAUGCUGGACAGGCGGAUAUUGUUGUUAUCACUGCAGGUGCUAAACAAAAGAUUGGGGAAUCCCGGCUCUCCCUCCUCUCCCGCAACCUCCACAUUCUAUCCUCAAUUUUCAAAUCCAUGGCUCCCAUCAACCCAAAUACCAUUCUUCUUCUCGUUGCAAACCCCGUCGACAUCCUAACCUACUUUGCCCAAAAGAUGUCUGGACUUCCUGAAUCCCAAGUUCUCGGAUCAGGCACCACGCUAGAUUCUGCUAGACUGCGAGGAGUGCUUGCACAGAAGACAGAGGUCUCGCCGAAUAGUAUCGAUGCAUAUGUGCUUGGUGAACAUGGAGAUUCCCAGUUUAUCGCCUGGUCUUCUAUCUUAAUUGGCACCUCACCAAUUCGUCUCGCGCUUCCUGACCAAAUCACCCCGGCAUUCAAAGAAGAAAUCGCAACGCACACGCGCGGCGCCGCAGCCGCUAUCAUUGCGUCCAAAGGCUGCACCGCCUACGGCAUCGGCAACAUGGCAGCCAGUAUCUGCAAAUACAUUCUCUUCGACCAGCGCACGGUACGGCCGAUCUCAUUUUUCCAGCCGAGUCUCGGGUGCUGUUUGUCAAUGCCUGCCGUCCUCGGACGCAAGGGGAUCAUCCGGCCGAUGCCAAUUGUCUUGGAUGAGACGGAGCAGGAAGAGUUGGAGAAUUGUGCGUCGCAUUUGAGGGGCGUGAUUGCAGGCGCGGAAAAAGAGCUUGUAGCAGACAAGGCUCUGGAGAAGGCUCUAGAGGCGGAGGCCGAGAAGGUGUUCUAG